AUGGCUUCAAACGAUCCUUAUGCGUGGAUCUAUGAUUUAAACAACUAUCAACUUGGCGAUGAGUUGAGAGAUAGAGGCUUGACUGCUGUCGGAGCCAUCACUGCAAAACGAAAUCGUCUUUUGAAGUUUUUGCAACAACAAGAUUUAGCACCUUCAAAUUUAGGACAAAAUUUAGAUCAGACAGAAAAUCAUGAUAGACAUGAUAUAGAAAGUGUUAGGACUCUUGAUUCUUGGGGAAAUUUUUCGAAUUCCGAACGACCAAAUAAUUCUGACAUUAAUAGGUUAGAAAAUAACGAAAAUUCUUCUCAAUUGAUUUCAUUAAAUGAAGAUUCGAAUGAAAUUCGUUCCCCGACUAACAUCAAUCAAAAUAGGAAUCCUCAAAGAUUAAUUGUUCGUGAGGAUGUAAAUUAUAGAUCUGAAAUUUUCUACCCUAGAGAUGAUCCUUUUCAUUCGAGUCAUUUUGGAAAUAGAAAUUAUGAGAAUUUAGUUCCACCAAAUCUAACUCCAAAUAAUGUUGGAAAUUCGGUUUCUAGAAAUUAUUUUAUUGAAAAUGAAAAUAGACGUAGGGUAACAUUUCGUCCUUCAGAUGAAAUUUCAGAACCUCUUCAAUCUAGACAAGACAUUGUAGGGAAUAAUUUAAUUUCUACAUCUGAAAAUAAUGCUCCCAAAAACAAUUCUGAUUUUAAUCAACAUCAGGAAAAUCGCGACAGGACAAAUUCUAAAUCAAACGAUUCUUUAGAGAAAAAUGAUUAUCAGAAUAGAAACAAUUCUUUAGAGAAAAAUGAUUAUCAGGAUAGAAACGAAUUUAGAGAGAAAAGUAAUUAUCAGGAUAGAAACGAAUUUACAGAGAAAAGUAAUUUUCAGGAAAGAAAUAAUUAUCGGGAUAGGAAUGAUUCUCGAUAUAGAGAAAGAUUUGUUAAUGAAUCUCGUUAUGAUUCAAGAUUUGACAAUUCUAGGUAUGACGAUCGAAGAUUCGAUAAUUCAAAAUAUGAUGAUUCUAUUUUUUAUGAUUCUAGAUAUAAUGAUUCUAGAUUUUAUAAUGAUAGGACAGAUAGAUUUCAAAAAGAUUCAAAGUAUAAUAUUCCUCGCAAUAAAUAUUAUGAACCGAGACAAAAAUUACGAAAUUCUUUUGACAGCAAUAGUGAUUCUGAUUUGAAUUAUGAGUACAAUUCUCGUAAUCAAAGUUUCUCAAACAUUUAUAGAGGUUAUCAUAAUUCAGCCGCUAAAACACUCGAGAUCAUGCAAAAAUGGGGAUUGAAAUUUUCGGGCUCUUGA